AUGAAAAUUGGACCAAUAAAUUUAAUAUUAUUGGUUUUAAUAAAAUUAACAAAUAGUUUAUUAUGUCCGAACGAUGUAACUACUGCAACAACAACAAUAACGAAAACAAAUAAAAGGAAAAUUUGCCCAGAUUUCAAGGAUAACAUUAAUGAAGAAUAUUGUUGUCCAUCACAAGUCGUGCCCGGCAGUUAUUAUUGUUGUACGUUUGAGCAUCUCAAACAAUUGCAAGAUAUUCAAACAGCUCAAUUGAGGAAAUUAUUUUUUAAAAACAAUCUUGCACUAAUAAUAAUAUCGACCAUUGUUAUAAUGUUAUUGGUAAUAUUAUUAAUAAUGUGCCUUUGUAAAAAUAUUUCAUUUUGUCCAAUCCACGCAAAUAAUCCACCUCCACCGCCAUAUGAAUGCUCAACAGUCAGUUCGCAACAAAGAAACGACUGGCAUUGUCUUCUAGAAAAUGAAGUUAACUAUACAAGGUGA